CUAUGUAAUCUUAAUCUUAAUCUCUGAUUCGGGGAUUUUUAAUCUUGAAACUCAUUAAUUUCCCAGCUCUGGUUAGAAGGUUGUCGUGAUUCCUUAAAAAAGUUCACCUUAGGUUUUCAUGGGCGUCUUUGGAGUGAUCCAAUGAAGCUUGAUUUUCACUUCCCGAAUCUCACCCACUUGAAAAUGGAUGCUUCCACGGCGUAUCAAAUUGAAGACUCGCUGAGCAUGACCAACCUUCCAAAACUGACCCAUCUCUCGAUCUCUUCUUCCACCAACAUAUCCGAAAUGAUUGAAAAUUAUCAUACGCCCCACGCCGGGAUUACAUCGCUCCACGUGGCAGGCACGUUUAAUCCUGAAGAUGGCAACUACGCUGUCGUCAAACUGGUUAACCUUUUCCCAGCCGUGACCGAAUUCAAGUUGAACGUGGCGAUUGAAUUUAUAGAGUAUGCAUAUUCUGGCGAAUACAUCGGCAGGAAGGACGUCCAGACCCAAAACAUUUUGCCUUUGAAGGAAACCUUGCAAUCCUUGGGUGGCUGGGAGUUGACAUGCGGAGGAGACGUGGAGGUCAAGUUUGAAUAUGUUGUGAGGGGUUAUUCAUUUGAAGAGCUGGAUGCCGUCGGGACUGCUGUGUUACAAGGAGCCGCAGAAUGGAAAGGCCUGGGGAACACAUGUCUCAAAUUUGUCGUUACUUGGGUGGGCGAAACGUACAAACUGUUGGAUGGGAUGCGUGAUGCUCUUCUGUCUUGUGGAUCCAUUCGUCGAGUGACUUGGGAGGGAUUUGAGAUGGACGAGCAGGAUUCGAUCGAGCUUAAUUCAUUCAUUGGAGAAAAUAAUGUGCCAGUGAGCGUCCCAGAUCCUGGUUGGUUGAACGAUUUGUGGACUGAUUAGGCGGUUAAAUUAAUUAUAUAAUAAAUACAUGUAUUCACUAGUAAUAUAUUUAUGUACCAAUUUUUUAAUCGUUCUGCUCUAAGUAUUACGUAAGGGCUGUGCAUACAUAACUAACGAGGCACAUUUUCAGAAAAAGUUGCAAGGACGGAAGCUAUAUACAAUUUAACUAAAAUUAGAAAGAAUCGAUACUUAUGAAGCAUGAAAUAUUUACAUAUGUAUGCCAAAAUUAUUUUUGAAAACAUGAAUUUAUUACAAUGAAAUAUAUUGUAUACGUUUGUAAUUUUACGUUCGUGUGUUAUUAUCAGAGUGCGGUAAUAUAUUUGUCUUUGAUUCCUACAUUUAUGUUUGUGGGUGUGUUCCUUAGAUGUAUCUUAAAUGUAAAUCAAUUCCAAAAUGCUUACCGACAUAUUCAUAAAUGCAUUUGUUUCGUAACUGUUUCCGCUAUUUUGUGAAAAGUAAAUAUG